AUGGUUGAUCGCAAGGAUUUUGAUACUUUGGAUGAAGCUGUUGCCUGGGAUCUUGCUGGUUUUAAGCAGGUCGACGCCUCCCGCGCGCUCCUCGCCGCCGCCAGGGACAAGACGGACGCGGCGGCCACGGAGGAGGAGGAGGAGAGGCUGGCCGCGUGCCGGGAGGUGGUGCGGCUGGAGGAGGAGCACGAGGCAUACGGCGCCCUGCUGCGGAACGCGGAGGAGAAGCUGGAGCACGUGUACCGGAUGGCGAUGCACGGGAGGGACAUCCCGGAGGCGGGCGGCGGCGACGGUAACAGGGAGGAGGCGGCCGGGGCGGUGGACGAGGAGGUGGUGCGGGUGCUCAAGGAGGCCGAGGACGGGAGAACGCUGGAGCGGGAAGGGGCAGAGAUGGGAAGGGGGAGGAGGAGCCGCGCGGAGCCACGUUCCCGUGGCUUCGCCUCCCGUAUUCGUCCGUCCGUCCGUCCGCUGCUCCGCGCGUGGUUCCGCCUCUCGGUCUCCCCCGCCCGCCCGACGGUUCCAUCUCUUCCCGUCUCCCUCUCCCUCGCACUCGGCCCGACCUCCUCCCCACCCCCGCGUGCUGCCGUCGCCCCCAACCCCGCCCUCGCCGCCGUCGCCGUCUCCCCCACCUUGCUGCCGCCCUUGCGCUCUGCCCGCGCUCGACUCCACCGGCCGACGAAGGCCCCUCCACCGCGCAGAUCCAACCCCCCGCCGGUACCUCCGCACGCUCGGUCGGCUGGGGCGGCGCCUCACUCCCCUUCGCCCAGCGCCCUCACCGGAUCGCGUGCUCGAUGGCGCGUGGCCGCCGCCGCCGCCUCUGCUCGGCUGACCGGGGCAGGGCGGAGGGAGGUCGCGCGCGCGGCGACGGGCCUCGGUGACGAGCUCGCAUUCGUCGCCCGCUCCACCGGUGACCCGCGCCUCAGCUCUCCCCCCGACCCCUCCCUUGGAUCCCAUCUCACCUCCGUGGCUCCGUCCGUCACCAAGCUCCCUCCCUUCCUCUCCCAUCUCCCAUAUCAUCUCCGGGCCCAAGCUGCCUCCCGUUCGAAGUCAAGUGUUCAGUGUGCCUCCACAACUUGGACGCAGAGCAGUUCAAGGAAUUUCUAUGGUGAUGAAUUUGCUCCUUGAGUACAAACUGUGACGAUGAGCAGAGUUACCACAUAAUUGCUGCCUCAGAGUGUUCUUGGAAUCAUUCUUGGAGGUGGUGCGGGGACUAGAUUGUCCCCCCUGACAAACAAGCGUGCCAAGCCUGCAGUUCCAUUGGGUGCCAACUACAGGCUCAUUGAUAUCCCUGUCAGCAAUUGUCUCAAUAGCAACAUCUCAAAGAUCUAUGUGCUGACACAGUCAAGAGCCUAGGGAAGCAACAUUGGAGGUUACAAGAAUGAAGGCUCAGGGCACGUCCCAAAUCCCAAUGUGGAUUUGUUGAAGUGUUAGCCGCGCAGCAGAGUCCAGAUAAUCCAAAGUGGUUCCAGGUAUCUGUACUAAUGUUGUGUGUUCCCUGAUUUUCUCUAAUGUGGAAUGUGCCAUUUCAGUAGCAUGCACGUCGGGGGUUUCUAAUAUGAGAUUUCAGCCUUAUUCUGAGACUAAACAUAGAGUGAAACAAAGGGAUGCUGCUCUGCUCAUUUUGCAUGAAUUUCAUCGGGUAUAUGAAAUAAAGGGGUAUAUUUGAUGUGAUUAUGCACUGCAUGAAAAUAUAUCAUUUCUACUUUA